AUGGAGAGUCGAAGCCUCGUGAAUAAGAGAAAAGUCAUCGUGGUGAAGUACUGCUGGAGCUUGCUGGAAACAUGCCCUCUAGAACUUUUCAGAAAUGUGCCCUCUAGGGUGCAGGGGAAAGCUGCGCUGUGCAACAGCCUGACCAGAGAGCUCAAAGUGGGGAGGCAAGGCGCCCAUCUUGGCGUCACCCCAGGCGCCCACAGAGGGGCGCUCGUGUGCCGGGCGCUACUGCGCAGCCGAGUCUGCACUUUGCAGCCUCGAAUUCCAGCAGCGCAGCGGAAAAGAAGCAGACAUUUUAAAGAAGGAAAAUGGGAUAGUUUUCCCUGGAAGAGCUCCAUUACUGUCUGUCUGUCUGCCUCCAGUAGACUGGACGUCGAGAGCAAGCUGAGCGUGUACUACCGCGCGCCGUGGCACCAGCAGCGCAACAUCUUCCUCCCCGCCACGAGGCCGCCCUGCGUGGAGGAGCUGCGCCGCCACGCCCGGCAGAGCCUGCAAGCCCUGCGCAGAGAACACCGGAGCCGGAGCAAUCGCCGAGAGCAGAGAGCCACUGGCCCCCUUCCCAUAGCUGCUCCUCCACUGCCCGCCUACCUGCCAGCUCACAGCCAGAGGUGGCGCGAGGUGAAGGACGGCCACUUCCUAACAUUUAACAGCACCCAUUCGCCCUCCCCCACUGAGUGUUGCCACAUGACCCCAUGGAGUAGAAAGUCCCAUCCUCCAGAGGAUGAAGAUACAGAUGUCAUGUUAGGGCAGAGGCCAAAAAACCCAAUACACAAUAUCCCCUCUACACUGGACAAGCAGACCAACUGGAGCAAAGCACUACCUCUCCCCACGCCGGAGGAGAAGAUGAAACAAGAUGCCCAAGUGAUUUCUUUUUGCAUUAUUCCCUUCAAUGUCACUGGAGUUGGUUUUGACACAGAAGCUCGCAUAUGCUGCUCUCUGGUUCAUUCACAACCUAUGCUUCAGCGGAGAUGAAAAUUAAAAAGGAGAAAAACCAUCUUGGGUAUCCCCAGGAGAGUUCAACAAGAAAUAGAUUCUGAUGAAUUGCCAGUGGCCAGAGAAGGGAAUGUCAUUGUGCACACAAACCCAGACCCCUCCAACUCUGCCAACAGGCAGUGCGGAACCAGGGACUCUGAGUGCCAAACCGAGGACAUUCCAAUUGCUGCCCCCUCCAGCAGGAGAAUCAGAGCUCAGAGGGGCCAGAGCAUUGCCACUUCCCUUUCUCAUUCCACUGGCAACAUUUCUGCACUGGCAGACAAAGGCGAUGCCGUGUUUACUACUGCAGUGAACAGCCGCACAAGAUCUCGCAGCCUGCCCCGGGAGGGUAAUAGAGGUGGGGAUGCUGAGCCCAAAGUCGGUGCUAAACCCUCAGCAUAUAAAGAGGGAGAUCCUUUCAUGGGUGACCAUGAGAGGACCCCUAAUGACUGCAGUGAGGCUCCAAGCAGUCCAAGCACACAGGAACGCCAGCCUGCUCUGGGCCUGGCCUGUUCUCAGCAUCUUCACAGCCUGCUGCACAAGCUAAGUGAGAGAAGGAAGUCGUGUCUGUCCCAAAUGGCUGCCAACUCUGGCAGGUGCGAUAUCUCCUCCAACUCAGACACCUUUGGAAGCCCCAUCCACUGCAUCUCUAUGGCUGGCGUCCUCCUCAGCAGCCACAUGGAUCAGAAAGACGACCAGCAGUCAUCCAGUGGUAACUGGAGUGGGAGCAGCUCCACGUGCCCCUCACAGACCUCGGAAACAAUCCCUCCCGCAGCUUCUCCUCCGCUCACUGGCUCUUUGCACUGUGACUCGGAGUUAUCACUAAACAUGGCCCCUCAUGCUAAUGAGGAAGUCAGUGCCUUUUUCGUGACAGAGCAGUACAGUGACCACUUAGAUAAGGUGAGAGGUCACCGGGCAAACUCCUUUACCUCCACCAUCGCAGAUCUGCUGGAUGACCCCAACAACAGCAACACAAGCGACAGUGAGUGGAAUUACCUGCAUCACAAUCACAAUGCCUCCUGCCACCAGGAUUUUAGUCCUGAGCAUCCCAAGGCAUAUGGCCUGGGCUGCCCGAGCUUCACAAGCAUGGCCACUUAUGACAGCUUUCUGGAAAAGUCUCCAUUGGACAAAGCAGACACUAGCUCCCACUUUUCGGUAGACACAGAAGGUUACUGUACCUCCAUGCACUUUGACUGUGGUCGCAAACGUAAUAAGAGCUAUGUCUGUCACUAUGCAGCCCUAGGCCCAGAAAAUGGCCAGGGUGUUGGGGUUCCUCCUGGUCUUCCAGACUGUACCUGGCAGGACUACUUAGACCACAGGAGGCAGGGGAGCCCAAGCAUCUCUUUCAGGAACCAAAGGCAAAGCCAACCCCACCCAAACGUAGCCUCAUCAUUAAGGAAGUCCGAUGGAAACACAGACAUUUCUGAGAAGAAAGAACCAAAGAUAAGCAGUGGUCAGCACCUGCCUCACAGUUCCAGGGAAAUGAAGCUGCCUUUUGAUUUCUCCAACAGGCCUUCUCGAAUGGAAAAUGCCAAUCUUCCCACCAAGCAAGAACCUUCUUGGAAGAACCAGAGUGAACACGGUAUUAAGGAACCUCAGUUAGACACUUCAGAUAUUCCACCAUUCAAAGAUGAAGGUGCUGAAUCUACUCACUAUGCAGACCUCUGGCUUCUAAAUGACUUGAAAACAAAUGAUGCCUAUAGAUCUUUAUCUAAUUUGAGCACUGCUACGGGUACUACAGUUAUCGAAUGCAUCAAAUCUCCAGAGAGCUCUGAAUCCCAAACAUCCCAAUCAGAAUCAAGAGCCACCACCCCAUCUCUUCCUUCUGUUGACAAUGAGUUUAAACUGACUUCACCAGAAAAGCUGGCUGGCUUUGCAUCUCCAUCAAGUGGCUAUUCAAGCCAGUCUGAAAUGCCAACAUCCUCUUUCCCUACAGCUUUCUUUUCAGGUCCGCUGUCUCCUGGAGGUAGCAAAAGAAAACCUAAAGUCCUAGAAAGGAAAUCCUCACUACAGCAACCCUCUUUAAAAGAUGGAGCCCUAUCACUGAGUAAAGACCUUGAACUUCCAAUUAUACUUCCUACCCAUCUUGACCUAAGUGCUCUUCAUAAUGUCUUGAAUAAACCAUUCCACCACCGUCAUCCACUGCAUGUUCUUGCUCAUAAGCAGAACACAGUGGGAGAAACACUGAGGUCAAAUCCUCCACCAUCCUUUGCAAUUACACCAACAGUACUGAAAUCUGUUAACCUUAGGUCCAUCAGUAAGUCUGAAGAAGUUAAGCAAAAAGAAGGCAACAGUACAGAUCUCCCCUACUUAGAGGAAAAUGCUCUCAUGAUGGCUGCCUUGUCUCCAGGUAAGAUUAAGCCACAUACAGCAAAGAAAUCAAUGUCACAUCAGUACUCCACUGAAGACACCAAACUGUCCUUUUUAGACUCCUCUGCAAUUCAGAUGGGACCAGAUAAGCUAUAUUUAGAAAAAAAAAAAAAAACCAAAACCACUUUUGAUAUGAAGAAUCAUUGCAAUCCAGAAACUGUAACCUCAGCUGGUAGCACUCUUCUAGAUGCAAAUGUCACAAACGACCAAAUUCAUAUGGACAGUGAGCCUAUUCCAGGAAACACACCAAAUAAAAACUGUGAUUUUUCUACAGAAGGAUUUCAGAGGGUCUCUGCUGCCCACCCAAAUGACUUGGAUGGUAAAAUAGUACUAUACAGACCUGGUCCAGAUGGAACCCGAGAGCAGGUACAGAAGGCAUUCUCUGUAGAUUGUGAGGAAGUCGCACGACCUGAAUCUGGGGAUGUAAUCAUAUCUCAGUCAAACUCAGCAAUUAGAGCAGCAGACUUAAGCAGUCAACUUAAGCAUCAACUCAUUAUGAGCCACCACCACCACAAAGUGCCUGGGAAUUUCAGCUGUGAAUCAGAGGUGACAACGGUAAAUCUGUUCCUUGAAAAAUGUUCCAAGCAGGAAAAUAUUGUUUUAGGUAUUUCACCCAAAAGUGCCUCUGAUAAUGGCAGAGUGGAGGAGACCCAAGAAGGUGUAGAUGAGGCUUCAUUGAAAGAAUCAUCACCAAGCGAUGACUCUGUCAUUUCACCACUCAGUGAAGACUCUCAAGCUGAAGCGGGAGGUGUGUUCAUGUCUCCAAACAAACCUGGAAUAACUGAUGAUUUAUUCACAGUCAUUCACAGAUCUAAGAGGAAAGUACUUGGAAGAAAAGAUUCCGGGGACAUGUCUAUUGGAAGCAAAUAGAGAGCUUCUCUUGGCGGCGGCGGCGGCAGCAGCAGCACCGGUUCUGUCACUUCACCCAGGAGCAAUGUGACAACCGCAGAGGUCUCAGACCGCCAGAGGUCUCCUGGUCUCAUCUACCGAAAUGCCAAAAAGUCCAGCACAUCAAACGAAGAGUUUAAGUUGUUACUCCUCAAGAAAGACAGUCGCUCAGAUUCCAGUUUCCGCAUGUCUGCCACUGAGAUCCUGAAGAGUCCCAUCCUGCCCAAACCUCCUGGGGAGCUCACAGCCGAGUCCCCUCAAAGCACCGAUGAUGCCCAUCAGGGGUCACCUGGGGCCGAGGCACUGUCCCCUCUCUCUCCAUGCUCUCCACGAGUUAAUGCUGAAGGGUUUUCCUCGAAGAACUUUGCCACCUCAGCAUCGGCAAGGGUUGGACGUUCCCGGGCACCCCCUGCGGCCAGCAGCAGCCGCUACAGUGUCCGCUGCCGGAUGUACAACACGCCCAUGCAGGCGAUCUCCGAGGGAGAGACAGAAAAUUCCGAUGGGAGCCCGCACGACGACCGCUCCUCCCAGAGCUCCACAUAG